CGGGCCGCUGGUCGCCAGCCCAGCGCCGCGCCAGAGAGCGCAGCGGCGGCGGCGGGAAAGGCUGCGGACCCGCGGCGCGCACUCGACGACGCGGCGCCGGCCUCGACGCCCUCGGCGCGUUCCGGGAGCAGGUACUUUGUGAGAAAGAGAGACCUUGUAUUAUGGACCUGAGUAUCACUGCCAGACAGACGGUUCUUCAUUUGAGCCAGUCCUUUCACAUUUCUCCAUAAUACAUCAGACCUUACUUACCCAUCCUUAUUGCCCAUAUGUUUUUAGAAUACACUCUAUUUAGGUCAGGUCCUAUUACUGCUGGAUUGUGCAAGAUACUUAACCCUGUUUUCUUUGAGGUAUGACUUAAAUAUCAAACAUCUUAAGUAAGAAAAGGGAAACAUUUUAGUUUUGGAAGUCAGAAUGCCAAGGAGAAGGAAAAAUCUUGGGGGAAAUCCUUUUCGGAAGACUGCAAACUCUAAGGAAGUUGUCGUAUCCAGUGUUGCUAGUCAUGAGGAGCCAACCACUACUCUUCCUUCCAUGUGUGAGACAAAAGUUGAUCAGGAAGAACUCUUCACCGUUAUCUCAGAGAUGUUUUCUGAUCUGGAUCCUGAUGUAGUGUAUUUGAUGCUUUCUGAAUGUGAUUUUAAAGUUGAAAAUGCCAUGGAUUGUCUAUUAGAAUUAUCUGACACUGAUGCCAAGAUAGAAGAAUCAUCUUCAAAAAGCUUCAUCGCUUCUGAGAACCAAGUAAGUGCAGCGGGACAUGAAAUAAUGGAAAAGUGUCCUCCUGAAGGAGAGAGUGAAGAUUCAAAAAUGGAUUCAUUUUUGGACAUGCAGCUAACUGAAGACUUGGAUUCCUUAAUACAGAAUGCUUUUGAGAAAUUGAACUCUUCUCCCAGUGACCAAGUAUACUCAUUUUUGCCUUUGCAAGAUGUUAGUAGUUUUAGUGACCCGAGUGAAUUUAUAAAUUCAGAUUCAAGUAGUAUGACUCCCAUUCUUUCUACACAAAAUAUGGAUUUGAACAGUGAAAAUUUAGAGAAUUCCGCCUCUACAUUAAAUUCAAACUCCUUAACUUCGUAUUCAGUUUCGAAUGAGUCCAAAAGUGUUAUAAGGAAUAACACAUUGGCACUGGAAGAUUCUCUGCUCAGUAGUUCUUUACAUGUAGCAGGUGACACCAGGGGGGGUUGUAGCAAUCUCAAUCAAAGACAGAAAGAGCUUUUAGAAUCGGAGUGUCUUCAGGCUCAGUUCUCUCAAGCUCCUGUAGAUUUGGAUGUCAGUGAAUCUCAGGCUCCUUUAAACCUCACUGUGGAAAAUCCAGGGCUUGGUUUGCUAGGUAGAGGUGAGAAUCAGAAAUCUACUUCUGUACCUGAUAUGUUUGUACCUUCUGAAGAAUUCAGUUUCAAGUCACACAAACAUACUGAACUGCCGCCAAAGGGGAAGGAUGUGAAUUACUGCCCAGUACUCACCCCUCUUCCUCUACUCCUGCCGCCGCCUCCACCUCCACCAAUGUGGAAUCCAAUGGUUCCUACUUUUGACCUCUUUCAAGGAAACCAUGGCUUUGUAGCUCCUGUUGUAACCACAGCUGCACACUGGAGACCUGUCAACUAUACGUUUCCACCCCCAGGUAUUUCUCACACUUCCCCAACAAAGGUAUGGAGAAAUAAAGAGGGAACAAGUGCUUAUCAAGUACAAGAAACUCCAGUUUCUCAGGUUGUAAGAAAGAAGACAUCAUCUUAUGUUGGACUAGUUCUUGUUCUUCUCAGAGGGCUUCCGGGAUCAGGAAAAUCUUUUUUGGCAAGGACUUUGCAAGAGGAUAAUCCGAAUGGAGUCAUUCUUAGUACUGAUGAUUAUUUUUACAUAAAUGGACAGUACCAGUUUGAUGUAAAGUACUUAGGAGAAGCACAUGAGUGGAACCAGAAUCGUGCAAAAGAAGCCUUUGAGAAGAAGAUAUCUCCUAUAAUAAUAGAUAAUACAAACCUACAGGCAUGGGAAAUGAAGCCAUAUGUUGCUUUGUCGCAAAAAUAUAAAUAUAAAGUUCUUUUUCGGGAACCAGACACCUGGUGGAAGUUCAAACCAAAGGAACUUGCAAGGCGCAAUAUUCAUGGGAUAAGCAAAGAAAAAAUAACAAGAAUGUUGGAAAACUAUCAACGUUUUGUUUCAGUGCCAAUAAUCAUGAAUUCUUCAGUUCCCGAGAAAAUUGAACGUAUUGAGUUGUGUGCAUAUUCUUCUGAGGACAGAAGUACUAGCCCGAGAGACAAUGAAGAUAUUACCUCUGAAAAAGAAGAAAAUAUUUUAUCCUCAUCUUUGAAGCACCUAGAGUUAAUUGAAGAGAAGAAACUUGAAGUAACCAAAGCAACUAUGUUACUUGAGAAUGUUACUUAUCUCCCUAAUGCAGAUUUAAACAAAGGAAGAAAAGAAACAAGUGGUAUGAAUCCUAACGUUGAGAGUACUUUCAUUCAGGAAGUUCCCGACAUGGGUUUUUCUGAUUUUGAAAGCAGACUACGAGUAACAGACAAAAGUGAAAAAGAAGAGCAAGAAGAAAUGGCUUCUGAACAAGAGUAUAGUAAAACCAAUGUAGAUAGUUUUGUAGAGAGAGUGUCACCGAGUAUUUGCUAUGGUGAAAAUAAUCAAGAAGACUGUGAUCUUUCACAUACUGUGCCACUUCAAAAUGAAAAGUCUUCAGCUAAUGAAGUAUUGGAAGAAAGAGCAAUGGUAAAGAAAAAAACCUUUGGAAAACAAAAAAGCAAAUCAGCUUUGGAAAAGUUCCAGAGACAGGAGCUAUCAAAUUUUGUUGGUGACUGGCCAGUUGAUAAGACUAUUGGUCAGAGAAUGAAAAGGAACCGAAAAACUGAAAAAGCUUCAUCUGUACAAAGUGACAAAAAGUAUAAUUGCCCUCCAUCACACAAAGUAUUAGAUAAUAGUCUGUCUGGGAAUAUAGAUUGUAUCCAGCAACGAGGAUCUCCACAUGAAAGUGUAGAGGCUAACAAGAAGUCACAGUGUGAUGAUACUUCAGAAUCCUUCAAUAGCAGUAUGUAUGAUACUUAUAAAAAUACUGAAAAAAACUCGUUUAACAUUGUGGGCGACUGGCCUUCAUCUGAUUCUUUAGCUCAGAGAGAGCACAGAACAAGAAUGCCAAAGGCUGGUUUGAAAGAACCCAACCUAGAAUUUGGAACUAAUGACAAUAUGAAUGAAAUAUCCUUAUACACGGCACGUGAGGCCUGUUGGGGCACAAGCCCUGAAGAACUAAAAACAUUGGGUAGCGCCUCUCUAGGAGGUUCUGAAAUGCUGUCCAGUGAAAUGACCUGCGAGGAUAAGACUUGUCCAAGUGAAAAGAUCCAUGGGCCGCACACAUUGUCUCUUACUUUUACCGAUAGUACGCCAACUAUUCCUGGAACGGUAGGACCACAGACUUUAGUUGAAUUUCAAGAAGGAAAGCUUAAAGAAGUCCCUGGAGUAGAAGUAGGUGUGUAUACUCAGACUGAACCACAGGAUUUUGCUCUCUUAUGGAAAAUAGAAAAAAAUAAAAUUAGUGUUUCCGAUUCUUUGAGAGUAUUAACAGGAAGAUUAGAUGGAUUUAAACCAAAAGCUUUGAAUAUGAACAGAAAAUUAGAUGUUCAAGAAACAAUUCCGUAUAGGGUAAUGUAUGAUAAAAGCACGUAUGUUGAAGAAAGUGAGCUUACCAGUGCUGAUGAAUCUGAAAAUCUUAACAUUCUUUGUAAACUAUUUGGAUCCUUUUCAUUAGAAGCCCUAAAAGACUUAUAUGAGAGGUGUAACAAAGAUAUUAUUUGGGCCACAAGCCUUUUGUUGGAUUCUGAAACUAAAUUGUGUGAGGAUACUGAAUUUGAGAAUAUCGAAAAAUCAUAUGAUGAAGCACAAAUUGGGCCAUUUUCUCUGGGAUUGAAUUUGAAGGAAAUUAUUAGCCAAAGAGGACCUUUAGAGGAUUCUGAUUUUUCUGUGCCAGAAUUUAGCCAUGGAAGUGGUAUCAGUAGCAUUAAUAUGCAGUCUACCUGUGAUUCAGAAAAGGGAAACUCAGAGCAGGCAGAAAUAAGAAUUACAACUACUGAAAAACCUGGAUUAAUAACAAGUAUAUUUCCUACUACUACUGUAGAUCUAAAGAAUACUAAUGAAGUGCUUCCUAAUAGUCAGGCAGAACUUUCGGGUUUAUAUAACAGUAAGCAGUCUUUUCCAGGUACUCUAAAAGUCACUACCACUCCAGAUGAGAGUGAAAUGGAGAAGAAUCUAGAAGUCACAGAGAUUGGAGACAGUAUACGUUCUUUGAAUUUGUCUGAUGUUGUAAACUCUGUAUCGAACACUUCAAAUCUUGAAUUAAAUGAAGAAUUUUAUUUUACUGACUCUUUUGAAAUAAAGAAAAAUGAAAAUCUUCCAAAGGAUUAUUUGAAAUUUCCAAACACAGAAGAAUUUAUGAAUGAAGAUGAACAGGAAAUGGAAAAAAUUCUAAUGGCAGGGAGUACUUUGUCAGCUGGAGUAGGUGAAGAAGAUAAAACUGAGAUGUUGAAUCCAAUGCCAGUGACAGCCAAAUCUCUGACCAUAGACUGUCUGGAAUUGGCAUUACCCCCUGAACUGGCUUUUCAGCUCAGUGAAUUAUUUGGCCCUGUUGGUAUUGAUUCAGGGUCUCUAACAGUUGAGGAUUGUGUGGUUCAUAUAGAUCUGAACCUGGCUAAAGUGAUUCAUGAGAAAUGGAAAGAAUCUGUAAUGGAGCGACAAAGACAAGAAGAGGUAUCCUGUGGCAAGGUUAUGCGAGAUCCUUCCAUGGUUGGGCACAUUGGUCUUGAUAACCCUGAACAAAAAUCAUCUCAGAGAACAGGCAAAAGAUUACUGAAGACUUUAGCAGCACCUGAAAUGCUACCCCUGUUGGAUCAUUGGAAUACUCAAACUAAAAAAGUAUCACUCAGAGAAAUAAUGUCAGAAGAAAUUGCCUUACAGGAAAAACACAAUUUGAAAAGGGAGUCACUUAUGUUUGAAAAAGAUUGUGCCACUAAACUAAAGGAGAAGCAACUCUUUAAGAUAUUUCCUGCCAUUAACCAAAAUUUUCUGGUGGACAUUUUCAAGGACCACAACUAUUCAUUAGAACACACAGUGCAAUUUCUAAACUGUGUUCUUGAAGGAGACCCUGUAAAAACAGUUGUAGCACAAGAGUUCGUUCACCAAAAUGAGAAUGUCCCUUCUCAUACUGCACAGAAGUCUAAGGAGAAAAAGACAAAGAAAAUGAAAGAGACUGAAGAUGUACCAAGUGAACCAUCUUUCCAGGAUUUUGAGUACCCAGAGUAUGACGACUACAGGGCGGAGGCUUUCCUGCACCAGCAGAAGAGGAUGGAGUGCUACAGCAAGGCAAAAGAAGCCUAUCGGAUGGGGAAGAAAAACGUUGCCACUUUUUAUGCCCAGCAGGGUAGUCUCCAUGAACAGAAGAUGAAAGAAGCCAAUCACCUUGCUGCUGUGGAGAUCUUUGAGAAGGUCAAUGCCUCCUUGCUGCCACAGAAUGUUUUAGAUCUCCAUGGGCUGCAUGUGGAUGAAGCUAUAGAACAUUUGAUGACAGUUUUACAGCAGAAAACUGAAGAAUUUGAGCAGAGCGGUGGUAAGCCCUAUCUCUCUGUGAUUACGGGCAGAGGGAGUCACAGCCAGGGAGGAGUUGCUCGCAUCAAACCAGCUGUCAUUAAAUACCUCACAAGCCACAGCUUCAGGUUCUCUGAAAUUAAACCAGGGUGCUUGAAAGUCAUGCUAAAGUAAAAUAAACGUCCUUGACUUAGAAGUGUGAAGGUUUGUAGGUUGAAAUUAGUUUUAUUUGCAGUAAAUUAGUUUUACUGUAAACGUGUUUUAUUAGAAAUAAUGUCCAGUUAUAAAACAGAAAAACAUUAUGAUGAUGUUUUUUACAAUUCAAGAGAAGUUUAAUUUUUUACUGAAUCAAAUGCCAAAUAUGUUGUCUGUUAAAAAUAUUAAAGAGAAUUUUUAUUGAUUACAAAUGUCGAAGAAACAUAUCGGCUGCAGUUUUAAAGUUUGAAGUGCUCUGAUUCUUUCUCAGAGAGAAAAUGUUACUUUUGUAUUAAUUGUUGUUUGACGUUGAAUAAAGUCCUAAAGGCUUCUCUGAGAGGCAUUCAAAGUGCUUUGAGACUUGGUUCCUGCCCUCCAAAGGCUUAUGUUAAAAGAGGAAAAAGCAGUGGUAUCAUUCCUUAGAAAUAGUGGUAACAAAAGCAAGGAUAUCUAGCAAAAUGCUUGAAUGUGUUUUGAUUUCAGAAGUAAAAAUAUAAAAUUAUUUCAUUUUGCUGUAUCCCACAGGAAGGAAGACAUGCUGUUGCACUUUCUUCUGCUUUUUAUACGAUCUUGAUCUCUUACUUCUUGUUCCUUUCUUCUGUGUGUGUGCAUUUUCCGGGAGGAAAGUUGAGGUCUGAGAUUAUGUUGCAGUUUUGUACUUCCAUAGGCAGAAAAGUUUUCAGAGAAGAAGAAGUUGUUAGUUAUCUACCAAGUGUUGCUGUCUCAUAGAACUGCUUAUAGAAUGGUCUGUGUAAGUGGUAUUUAAGACAGUACUAAAGAGUUAUGUUUUAUAUUUGAGGUAUGUAAUCUCUAAACUGCAGUAGGUCAAAAUCCUAUUAACUGAAAACAAAGAUAGAAAACAUUUUUGAUAUAAUCAUAAAAGAAAUCCUUAAAAUUUAAAGGUUUUUUACCUUUAUUUUUAAAAACAGCCAACUUUCUAAAAGGAAACUCAUUAACUUCUGUUUUUUGGUGAGCUAAAAAGUCCUGUUAGUAUGUUAAUUGUUAUUUCCUUUAUACAGGUUUAAUGUGGUAAAGUGUAAUUUUCCAAUAUGGGACAAUGGUUUAAAUAAAUUUGACUUUGGAUGUGGAGAAUAUUUUCAACGUAUAUGAUUUUAGCAAACAACUUUGUUGCUUUUUGAUACAAAAAAUCAUUUGGAUCAGGAAUUAUAGGAUUGAGCUGAAAGAAUGCUAAAUUAUAGCAUCAUUUCCCCAAAAGAACAUUUUAAUGAAAAUAAAACUCAAAAACAUGUUUUUUAUACAUCAUGAAAGCAUGCUCUUAAAAAAAGAGCCAUAUCACUGAAUUUUAUUUCCACAGAAAUAAAAAUAUGUUUGUUACUUAGAAAUGGUUAGUGACUGGCAUUGAAGUAUUAUUCACAUUCUUAUGUUUGUAGUAGUUUGUUAAAAAAAGAAAAAAUGCCAACAGUUUAACAUACAUUUUUUUUGUAAUGUCUAGAAGAGUUGUGUGCAUUAAAAAUAAAGCAGUUCCUUUCAAUAACUUAUUAUAAACUACAGUUGUUAGUUAAUGAAAUAAAAUAUUUCUGUGUAUAAAUUAAUCUGAUUCAAGAAAUGUGAAUAACAAUACUAAAACCUGGACUUAUUUGAAUGUAUGCAGCUGCAUACUCAUUUUUCUGUUUUUUGUAUUUCCUCACCCAGUUUAAAAAAUCACCGUUUUUGAGCACUUCUGCUAGACUUAUUUCAAUAUUAAUGUAAUUAUGAUUAAUGGGGGAGCAGUCAAAAAGAACAAGAGGUGAGGUAUUUUGUGAGCAGAAGCAAAAUGAAAGAAGCUAUGUUUUCCAAGCUGUAUCAACUUUAAUUUUAUGCCUUCUUUUUGGUAAAUCUCGUAGUAUUUCUUCUUAAUCGUUAUUCAUAAAUAUAUAGGCAAAUUUUGAGCAUCGUAUGUGUUUUUUAUGAAGUUGUUUAAUCCUAACCUGCCUUCUACUCCACUGUCUAGCAUAGUUUAAGCAACAUAUAAUUAUGAGAGAGAAUUUUAUAAUCUCUUCCUUCUUGUUUUACCCAUUUCUAAGUCCUAAAUACCAAAGGUAAAGAUAGUGUGGAGAUUAUCAAAGUUUUCAUAUAUUGGUGUAUUUGUGCUAAUACGUGAGUCAUUAGAAAGGCUCUUUGCUAGCAUCUGAAUAUUUUAAAAGUACAACACUUGUGUAGUUUGGAAGGUUUUAGUGACAGUUAUAUCCUUUCAGUAGUGUCUUACCAGUGGGAAAAAGAGAACUAAUGUGGACACUCACAGGGGAAGUGGGGUUGCCCGGAGGGGACUCUUAACAGUACUUUUAAUCCAUCCACUUCCUUACUUUGAGAUGAGAAGUGGAAGCAUGCUGUCUUACAUUUAUUGGCUGUCAAUAUAUCUCUAUAUUAUUUUCAAGUUGAGAGUUUUUCAAUGUAUUAGUAUUUCCAUACUGUUUGCAAUUCUGUGGCCUUUACCUAUAGGAUAUGUUACUUAUUAGAAAUCCUGACAUCCUUUGAAGUGUCUUGUGUAUUACAACACAUUUUGAGAAGCUAAACAGUUCUGUUGGAUUGUUUCCAGGCCUUUAUUUUCAUCUUUUUCUUUUUGAACUCAAGUAUUUUGUAUGCUUAAAAAAAAGGACAUGUAUAAUAACAAGAUUCGUUAUUUCUGAGCUGGAAAUUGGAAACUUCGAAACUCAGGAAAUUGCUCUGACAAUGUUUAACUGCUCUCAAUGUAAGAAAAUGACAAAUGUGUAUAAAAAAGACACGAAAAUAACGUGUGCUGUUUUUUCCAAGUGCUUUUUCUAAGUGCUUUUCCAUUGUGCAAUGAGGUGAAAUUUGAUAAUCUUUCUGUGUAAUAGUUAAAAUAUUGCUUAUUCUUAUUUACAUGAUAAAGAAAACAGAUUUAAAUGUUUGUGUGGCCAAACAAAAAGUGUCAUUUAAAAGGUAAAGUUUAUGUAGAAUGUAUGUUAAUGGUGCUUAUUUUUAAAAUGUAAUUCAAGUUUACAGUGUUACUUAAUGCCUCUUCACAGAAUUUAAUAGAGAAACAAGGCUAGAAUACAUCUACAUCCUGAAGAGCCUUUUAUAACUUCACAUUGUAUGUUGACAAAUUUUGUUACUUUCCUUAAAGUUGAGUAAUUGACUUUCAUGGUCCAAAUGAUGAACCUGUUAUUAACAAAUGGUUGAAUUGACCGUGAGACUUCGCAUUAAAAUACAAUAUUGCAGCUAUCAGUUGGAGAAUAUAUUAUAAAAUUUUCAGACAGUGUAUCAGAAAAGAAUUGUUUUUAUUUGUACUAUAAAUAAAAUGUAAUUUUGCUGUUAACGCUGUACUUUUUUAUUGAAAAUGUUUUAUAGCUUUGCUUUUUAAAUUUCUUAUGAAACCAUUUGCAAAUUACAUGCUUAAUUUAAUAAAAUACUUUAGCCACA